AUGGCACCCUUCCUAUUGACCUCUAAACCGAUAGUAGUAUGUGUUAUUUUCGUUCUUUCCUUUUCUUCUACUAUAGAUAGUGCAAUAUUGCUAGUGAGAGCAAGUGACUCAUCAUCAUCGCUUGAACAUGAAGCAGAGGCUCUGCUGGAGAGUGGUUGGUGGCACUGGUGGAGUUCCAAUAGAAACAAUACCUCAAGUCAUUGUAAGUGGCCUGGUAUAGCUUGUAACAAAGCUGGAAGUGUGACAGAGAUUAAACCACCUCGUAACUUCACCGUGGGUGACGAAUUUGGGAAACUCAACUUCUCUUCCUUCCCAAACCUUGUUCGGCUUGAUCUUAGUGGGAACGGACUCCAAGGAAGCAUCACUGCUCAUUUUGGUGUUCUUUCAAAGCUCAUGUACUUCAACCUGUCCUCAAAUAAUAUGACAGGUGAGCUACCUGCUUGGCUAGCAAAUCUCACCCAACUAGUAGAGCUGGAUCUUUCAAAUAACCAUUUUAAGGGUCCCAUCCCCAUGCAACUGGGAAAUCUGAAGAAUCUGGUUGCCAUAAACUUAAGUGGUAACAUGCUCAUAGGUCCAAUCCCUUCAUCCCUUGUUCAUUUGACCAACUUGACAUCUCUAUGCCUCAGUUUGAACCAAAUCAACAGUUCCAUCCCUUCAGAUGUAGGAAAUUUGAAAAAGCUAGUUCACCUGGAUCUUAGUUCUAAUCACCUUAAUGGUUCAAUUCCCUCAUCCCUUAAUCAUUUAACCAGAUUGAAUUAUUUGUCCUUUCAUUCAAAUUUCAUAGAAGGUUUCAUAGACCAAGAAAUUAGGAAUUUAGAACAUUUAAGUUGGCUGGACUUGUCUAAUAACAAGAUGUCUGGUGUCAUACCAAUUGAACUUACCAAAUUAACCCAAUUGGAGUACUUAAAUCUGUCCUCUAACCAACUUUCUGGCCGCAUACCUCCUGGAAUAGACUUGCUUUCCAAUCUUCUACAUUUAGACCUCUCCCACAACAGGCUUGUUGGAAAUAUCCCAACUCAUAUUGGGAAUUGCAACAAUCUAAAGCAUUUGUCAUUGAACAACAAUAGUCUGAAUGGAAGCAUUCCAGCCCAGUUUGGCAGCCUUUCACUAUUUUAUAUUGACAUUAGUCAUAAUGUCAUUAGUGGAAGGAUAGCUCACCAUCUGGGAGAAUUGACAAGCCUAGAAUUCUUGAAUCUCUCCCAUAAUAAUCUAUCUGGUACCAUACCUGAUUUCCUUAACUCCAUGACCCAGAUAUCAUCCAUUGACUUGUCAUAUAAUAAUUUGGAGGGUAAGAUUCCGCGUGAGUUUAAAGAUAGAUACCCACCACAAGCAAUCAUUGGCAACAAGGGUUUAUGCGGUGAAUUCAAGGGUAUGCCUUCUUGCUUGACAUCUACAACCACAGAUUCGGAAGAAGAACCAGAGAGGGAUAGGUUUCACUUCUCCACUGUCAGUCUAUAUCUAUUAUUCUACCUUUCUAUUUUUGGAUAUCUAUAUAUAUUUCUAUCCAAGAAUGAUGAUGUUGAAUCCGAGAGAACUGUAAACAGAAAUGGAGAUUUACUCUCAAUAUGGAAUUAUGAUGGAAGAAUUGCAUAUGAAGAUAUCAUUAAAGCAACCGAGGACUUCAACAUCAAAUAUUGUAUUGGAACCGGAGGUUAUGGCAGUGUUUACAAAGCAAAGUUGCCCAACGGAUAUAUUUUUGCCUUGAAGAAACUUCAUCAAAUAGAAGCAAAGGAGGCAGCUCUCAUCAAGAGUUUUGAAACUGAGGUAAAAGUAUUAUCUGAAAUAAGACAUCGAAACAUUUUGAAGCUUCAUGGAUUUUGUUUACACAAGCAAUGUAUGUUUUUGGUUUAUGAAUACAUGGAAAGGGGAAGCUUAUAUUGUGUCCUAUGCAAUGAUGAUGAAGCUGUUGAGUUGAACUGGACAAAGAGAGUGAGCAUUGUUAAGAGUGUGGCACAUGCUUUAUCUUACUUGCAUCACAAUUUCAACCCACCAAUUGUUCACCGGGAUAUAUCAAGCAGCAACAUUCUAUUGAAUAUGGAAUUUGAGGCAUUUGUCUCUGACUUUGGUACAGCAAGACCUCUGAAUCCCAAUUCGUCCCAUGAAACUAUACUUGCAGGCACAUAUGGGUAUGUUGCUCCAGAAUUUGCCUAUACUAUGGUCCUGACAGAAAAAUGUGAUGCCUAUAGCUUUGGGGUAGUGGCACUAGAAACAAUAAUGGGAAUGCAUCCAGGAGAGUUCCUCUCGUCAUUAUCACUAUCUUCAUCCAAUCAAGAUGUAAUGCUAAAGGAUGUCUUGGAUCCACGCCUCUCGCCUCCAACAGAUAAACGGGAUGUGCAAGAUAUUGCCCUUGUUGCAACAAUAGCAUUUGCAUGCUUACAUUCCAACCCAAAGUCCCGACCAACCAUGGAAAGUGUGUCUCAGAAAUUUCUUUCUCACAAAGCAACAUUGGUGAAACCUUUCCGUGAAAUUUCAAUAUCGCAACUUUGGCAGAAAGAAUAUAUUUGA